GUACAGUUGCCAGCUAGCUAGUGUUUUAUACUUAACUCGCAAACACGGGAGAGAGGGCAAACACAAGUUUAUUUUUCAUAUAAGUAAAAUUUUACAGUUGCACAAACGAUGAAGAGAAUUUAUUCAGUAUUUAUUGGCCUCGGCUGCCUGAUUAGCGUGUUGCCUUUUAUUGUGCUUGCCAUACCCCUGCCCGGCGCCGCCACUUACCGGACUGCCAGCAAUCAGAGUUUCGCGGCCGCGAACAGCAGCGUUCCAUGGAAGACUGAGAUGGUCCUGGAGGACCUGGAGGCGGCUGCCGCUAGCUCUCGAUACCGCAGCCAUAAAUCGGAACGUCAAAUCAGGACGAAUGGGACAUGGCCUGGCCAGGAGAAAAUGGGCCUGUUUCCGGGUGCCUAUCGGAGUAAACUUCGCACAGCGGAAAAAGCAGCGGAAAAAGCAGCGGCAACAGCAGCAGCAGCACCAGUGAAAUUUAUAGUGUCGUCUACAACUAAACGAUUAGUGGCACCUCAUCCGCUCACAAAGGCUGGCUUAAACUUCUGGGCCAAGCCCAAAGUUAAGCCAAAAGGUGAUGUUGGAAAUUUUUCGGCUGAUGGAAAUGGCACUGAAGAUGCAGCAGCACCAGGAGAACGCGCCCCAAAAAUACAACCUAGAGCAGGCGAUAAUAUAAUACGUACCAAAAGUUUGGAGCGAACGGUAUCCAUACCGCGUUUGCAUAGCGAUAGAAUGGGAAAUUGGGUGUUCAAUCCGUGGGGUAUCACCUUCGGAGUACUUUGGCAAGAUACGCGAAUGCACUACCAAGUGAAGAGUAGCAUGACAGAAAUUCUGGAGGAUACGCCAUGGGGUGGCAACUAUGCUCUUAAAUACAACAAGCCACAGACCAAAGUGUGCAGAGGCAAGUCGACAAUUUACAACAAGCCAAGGGUAUACAAGUGGCUUGAACGCCGCAUCCUAUUGAAUGAAACAAUGAAUUUUAAAGUGUUCAGCAAGUACAGGCCCAUCUGGUUGGAUCUCCGAAGAGAGAUCUACACUAUGGGUAGAUCGGAGGCCUGCCACAUAUCGGCAAUGGACGAUUGGCUGCUGUACAAUAAUUGCGCCAUAUUGCGGAAUAUGCGAAUGGAAUAUCUGAUACCCAAAUAUCCAUUGCAUCAGAUCGGCUAUUGGCAUAAAUGGUAUAGAAAGGAGUUAACGUAUAAAUUGUGAAUGUUGCGGAAAACUCAAUAAAAGAAA